AUGAGGCAUCUUACCUUUCUCAUUCUCAUCUUGCUUUUGUCAGAAAACUCGAUCUACAUUGAUGCCAAAAGUCACAAGCAUAGAAAGCAAGGAAAAGGCGGUAGCAAAGCCAGUCCGCCCCCGCUCGCCUCCAAGGAUAAUGGGAGCGAGGGAGAGGUGUUGGAUGGUAACUACACUUCUAGCGUUACAAAAUCCAGCACCUUCAGUGUACUAAGUUACGGCGCGAAAGGUGACGGCGUUGCUGAUGACACAAAUGCAUUCGAAGAAGCGUGGGCCGACGCAUGCAAGGUACAAGGAUCAACAGUCCUGAUUCCUUCAGGAUCCGUGUUUCUCGUAAAGCUCGUUGCUUUUUCAGGGCCAAAUUGUCAGUCUAACAUCGUGUUCCAGUUAGAUGGAAAAAUAAUCGCACCAACAAACUCAGGAGCAUGGGGGAAGGGUUUGUUACAGUGGCUGGAUUUCUCCAAGUUGAAAGGAAUAGCGAUCAGAGGUCAAGGUGUAAUCGACGGUCGAGGAUCGGUCUGGUGGAACGAUAAAACGACGGCAUAUCAAACUCAAGAUGAUGAUUCAGACCUGUUAGAAGGCGAGGACAAAGGAGGAAUGCCUAGCACCAAACCAACGGCGCUUAGAUUUUACGGAAGCACAGACGUAACAGUUACAGGCAUAACGAUCCAAAACAGUCCACAGACACAUUUGAAAUUCGAUAACUGCAUUGGGGUUCAAGUAUUUGGCAUUAGCAUUUCGUCCCCUGGCAAUAGCCCAAAUACUGAUGGGAUUCAUCUCCAAAACUCCCAAGAUGUGGUUAUUCACACAACCAAUCUUGCUUGUGGAGAUGAUUGCAUUUCAAUACAAACAGGAUGCAAUGGUGUAUACGUACACAAUGUGAACUGUGGGCCAGGUCACGGCAUAAGCAUAGGAGGAUUGGGCAAAGAUGGGACUAAAGCUUGUGUUUCGAAUAUCACGGUUCGCGAUUCCACAAUUAAGAACACCAUGAAUGGCGUCAGAAUCAAGACUUGGCAGGGUGGAUCGGGGUCAGUGCAAGGAGUAAUGUUUUCGAAUAUACAAGUGUCCGAAGUGGAGAAUCCAAUCCUUAUAGACCAAUACUAUUGUGACGGACACAAAUGUGGAAACAAGACUUCAAACGUGGCUAUUUCUAGCGUAACGUAUCGAUCUAUAAAGGGAAGCUAUGUUACUAAUCCUAUUAGAUUCGCAUGCAGCGAGUCGACUCCGUGCUCAGGGAUAACUGUAUCGACUGUAGACCUUCAUCCGUCGUCCAAUGCCAAGAAUGACGAUCCCUUUUGCUGGGAGGCUUUUGGAGAAAUCCAAACAGCUACUACUCCCACUAUUACUUGUUUGCGACGGGCGACUCAACGACCCACUAAUAAUGCCGUUUCUUGUUAAUUAGACCAAGUUACUAGAUUUAACG